AUGUUGCCUAUAGUAGCUCAAUAUUUUUCUGAUUUUGGUGUCAAACAUGGGAUUAUCGAAUUUAUCGAACAACAAGAUGAAUCAGCUGAUGGAUUAUUUGCUAAUAUUAAAUAUGUAUUAGAAUCUCAUGAAUUAGAAUUAGAAAAACUUUGUUCACUAGGAUCUGAUAAUACAAAUGUAAAUGUUGGUGAAUGUACAUUAUUUUUUUUGAAGAAUACAUUAGCAGAAGUACAAGAAGCAAAUAUAUUGUUGCAAAAACAUUAUAUUAUUGGUGUAAAUUUAUAUAGUGUAAUUAAAGAUUUACUCUAUAAAUUAAAUAAUCGUUUACGUGACAAUUAUUUUGGCGCUAAAGUGAUGGAAUUAUUAGAAAAAAUUCAAGAUUCAAAUGAACUUGAAUGGAGAAACAUUGAACGUUGUGCUGCGUAUAUUGAUGCUAAGAAGAUCGAUAAAGAUCUUUUAUACAAUGAUUUUAAUCAUUUAAAAUCUAAAUUUAUUCAACUGAAGGACAAAUUUGAUGGUAUUGAUAAACACGUUGAAGAAUUUAUUUCAUCAAAUUUACAUUUAUACAAGCAAAGUGGAACAAUGUCAAAUGAUGAAGUUAAAUUAUGUAGUGGUGAUGAAUGUGAUGUUGAAGCUGAAUCCGGUAGUGAUGAUGAGGACAAUAUUCGAUAUCACAAAAAUCUGCAUAUAAGAUGUGACUAUUUGUGGGCUUAUCUUCUUUAUGGUGAAGAUGUUCCUAAUUUUAAAAAAUUAGUUCAAUUUGUUUUUUCUAUACCAGCAUCUAAUGCUUUUUGUGAAAUAAUAUUUAGUUAUAUGAAGUACUUAUGGAAUAAUAAUCGGAAUAGAAUGAUGCACGAUCUUGUUAGUGCGGAAUAA